AUGGACUACAUCAAAUUGCCAAAAAUUGAGCUCCAUGCACAUUUGACCGGAAGUAUCUCACGUCAAGCUCUCCACGAAAUAUGGCUUCGCAGGAAAGAGACAGGCGACACGAAUCUGGAUGAUCCCUUAGAUGUCGUGCCAGAAGGUAAACAUGACUAUAACUUGCAAACCUUCUUCCCACUCUUCAGCAGUUACAUAUACAACCUCAUCACUGACGAGGAAUCUGUUCGUUACACUACAAAGUCUGUUCUAACUGAUUUUCUCAACGAUGGCGUAUGCUAUCUCGAACUUCGAACGACACCCCGCAGCACCCCUCAACUCUCAGCAGAGCAGUACAUCGCAACUCUUGUAGACACAAUCUCAUCAUUCGAGUCCGAAAACUACCAGCUACACACCCGUCUCAUUCUGUCCAUUGACCGGAGACACACCCCUGAACAGGCAGCUUCUACACUCGAGCUUGCCCUGAAAUAUCGCAGUCAAGGAGUUGUCGGCCUCGACCUCUGUGGUGACCCAACAGCUCGGCCCAAUGGCAACAUAAGUGUCUUCACACCUGUGUUCCAAGAGGCGAAUACGAAAGGAUUGGGUAUCACUGUGCAUUUUGCCGAAGCUGAAGCCAGCGGCUCCAAGGAGGAGUUGAGCACACUUCUAUCGUGGGAGCCGGGCCGUCUAGGCCAUGUGAUCUGGGAGGACGAGGAUACGAAGAAAGAGAUUGCGAGAAGAGGAUUAUGCUUAGAGCUAUGUCUGAGUUGUAAUGUUAAGGCUGACAUGGUCCUUGGCGGGUUCGAAGGGCAUCACUUUGGUCACUGGAGAGGAAUCGAGGGACCAAAGAUCUCAAUCAGUACUGACGAUGUUGGUGUGUUCGGAAGCCCGUUGUCCAAUGAGUACAGGCUCGUUGCGCAGCACUUUGGCCUAGAUCGCCAAGCUAUAUGCGAGUUGGCGAGACAGCCCAUUGACGGCAUCUUUGGAGGCGAUCAGGAGAAGGAAAGACUGCGGCGUCUUAUGUGGACACGAUAA